UUUUCAUGUGAUAAGAUCAUAUAGUAAAAUAAUUAGUUAAUCUAGCAUAUUUCUCCUUAUAAAAGUUUUUUACAAAGGUGAUUUAGGAAAGAUGCUAAGUAACUUACUUUAGAGAGAGGUGGGAGCAUUUGGACAAGUGCACAGAUCUAAGAGGAGAUUAUGUAACUGAAUAAAAUUAAUUAAAAAAAAAAACAACUUUUUUCGUUGUUAGGUCUGAAACUGCCCCCCUGUUAUGAAGUGUGUUUUUUAGGUGACAGCGAUGGAAGGUUAACCAUUGGUUUUGGUAUGGUGCAGACAGAUUUUCACCCUGUCAAUGAGACGCAAUUUUUGUUCAACAUACCCGAAGCAGACAACAUAAAUCAUGUUGUCAUUUUUAUGACUGGACAGACACCUUUCCCUGAUGGCCUUGGUGCAGCUGUGUAUUUCUCAUGGCCCAGACCCGAAGGUCCAGUUUGGACAUUGCUAGGUCAUAUCUCCAAUCAGAAACCAAGUGCUAUAUAUAAAAUUUCUUCACUUAAAACAGCGGACAGUGAUGAUGACAACCAGAUUCACUUUGGAGACAUGUCCCACCAACAAUCCCACCUCGCACAGGUAGGCAUAUCUGUGGAACCACUAGACCAGCUCGCCCAGCAAGUGCCCGCCUCCCAAGUAUCAGUGUCAGGAGCUGUCCCCACCUUCAUGGAGUUCGCCACCAAGAUGCUGGAAAACUUUUUCAACUUCUCGUCCUCCUUUGCCGUGACUCAGAGUCAAAUGGUCCCCAACCCCACAGAAACAUUUGUGCCCUUGAGCACCUUGAAAAACUGGUUUGAGAACUUUCAAAGACGGUUACAACAGAAUCCAUAUUUUUGGAAGUCAUAAGUUCUGUUUGAAACAUAUUUGAAAGCAAUGGACGAUAGUUAUUUCUGUCUCUCUGACCUCUGGUAAUCUGUUUUUCAUUGUUUCCUUUCUUUAAAGAUCUUUUUUUUUUGUUCACAAAUAUCUCUUAUAAAACUUUACAAAACUUUUUACUGUGUAUUGACAUGAAAGUAGAAUUGAUAAUGAAGUAAGCUCUAUGUCAACAAAGUUAAGAGACACUUAGAGAUUAAUUGUAACAGCACUUGAAAACAGAAAACGCUUAGCGUUUCAAUGAUCUGGACAUGGCCCCUAAAAUGUUUUCUUAUUGCAGUUUUAUCCUUGUUCUCAUUUGGGCACAAAUAGUUUGUGGUCUCUAAAUAUUUUGCAUUUCAUUAAUUUGAGUACAUUUAUUUUGUGUACGAAAAAUAAUUUUGAUUAUCAAAACAUGGAGAGUUUGCUUCUUGUGUAAACUGAUGUGUUCAGUCUUGUUUAAUUUUCUUUUUUAUUAGCACCAACAAAUUUUUGUCUACUCUUCUAUAGUGUUUUCCAGAAUUGUUUUAUUCUCAAAAUUCUUUUUUUCAGUUCUUUGUAGUGGAUACAUUAUAUUCUGUAUUGAAUUAAAUGAAGAGGUUCAAUACUGAAGAAUUGUUUUGUUUAAACAUUGUUCCAGUCAAAAGUCAAAAUUACAAGUUAAGUUUCUAGAGUAUCAAUUUUUUUCUUGGGUUUUUGUUUCCCUGAGAUGAGUUGGAGAUCUAGUAGUGAAUAUGAAUAUUUUUGAAAAGGGUAGACAACCUGUUAAAUGUAGAAAAAAAAAACAUUUUAGUGAUGUGAUGAUGGGUACUUAAGGUAGUUGUGCAUAUUGAGUGAAAUAUUUUUACAUUUUAGUUUCAUAAGGCAGGCUUUUAAAUUAUAACUAAGAUCAACCUAAAUAAUUUACUGUCUAUAAAAAAUCAACUUCAAAAGUUCUUUCUAUGGUCUUCUUCCACAAGCCAUAUUCUACUAUAUUCUUCCUCCUCUGUUUUUUCACACUGAAGCCUCAAUUAAUUAAAUUUUUCGUUCGAGUUGUUAAAUGCAUUCAUCUUGCUACAUUGUGAAAGUCUAGAGUUACGUAGAUAUGAAUGCUUGCAUUAUUACUGUACUAACCACAACUUUUGUUUGUUUGUAACUUGGUAUUGAUAUUGUUUUGUUGAAAAUGUAAACAACAAAUUUUUGAAUAAUUGUUUUAAUCUUUCAGAUGAUUAGAUUGCAUUUGAUGUAAAUAAUUAUAGAGAAUGAUGUGUUUUAACUUGUGUUUAAUUUGUAUAAUUAGAUGAAUUGAACAUUUCUUUGGACUAGAUAUUAGAUAUCAACUUAAACAAAUUAAAAGAUUUCAUUAAUAACCAUUAUUUCAAUUUAAAAAAAACAAAAAACUUCUUCUUUUAACAAAAAUGAUCUUUCAUGUCUACUGCUGGCAAAACCUAGUAUUGUUAGAAACCUCUUAAGUAAAUAAAAUACUAAAGAAUGAAUUUUGAUUCAAUAUUUUAUGUUCCUAACUGUAUUUUAAUGAAUUUGUCUUUUUAAGAGCAUUUAAAUUGAGCAACUGAUUAAAUGAAAAUAUGAUGUAAAGAAUGAUGUGUUGUUGUUCUCAAAUCUUUGUUUACUAAUACUUAUAAUAAAGCUUUAAAACAUU